AUGAGCCCAGCCGCAGACGCCUCAAGCUCGAUCCAUAAACGGGAAACAGCCAUCGAACAGUUUCUCGAAUGGUACGAGGAGAACCGAAAAGAUUAUGUUGCUGUGGCCGAGGAGUCUGCCGGGCGACUUCUGCAGGCUCUAGGCGACGCAGGUAUGCCGCAUAAAGUCGAAUAUCGCGUAAAGGAUACGAAAAGACUGAAAAUGAAAGUGGACGGACGAAAAGAUGACCGGGAGUAUGAAAAUCUUGACGAUAUUGUCAAGGAUAUUGUUGACCUGGCCGGGGUACGCGUGCUUGUCUACUUUGCGACAGACAAAGACCGCGUCGAGAAGUUCAUCACUGAGAAUUUUGACGUGCAGUCGAGUCCUAGGUUUAGUGGAGCACAGGAGACAAAGAAUGGUGAGGCAGGCAGGGGAAGGACUCGCCAAUAUACUCCAAAGUAUCCUGAAUAUUGCGCCAACCAUUACGGGACGACCCUGAAGCUUCAGGACGGCACAGAACCUAGACCCUGGCAUAAGUGCCGGGUGGAAAUUCAGGUCACGACAAUUCUCCGCCAUACAUGGGCGGAGGUGAGCCAUGAUUGGAAUUACAAGCAACUGGUCCCUGGGGGUGACGAUGAGUUUUGCUCUCAGCUCCUUGAUGGGCUGAGUGGAGCACUGGACAUGGGAGAAUUUUUCCUGGAAAAAAUGCAGCAAGCGCUUGUGACUCAAAAGGUGCAGGGCGACACGCCAUUUGGGUCGCAGUACGGUCUGGGCUCAUUCUUGACAGAGUGGGCGGCCGUCAGUGGCAGGCACCAGGAUCGAGUCGACGUCCAGACACUGUGGGAGGUGCUGCGCCAGUUUGAUUACGACCGACCCACGAGGUUGCGGCAGAUCAUGAACAGCUUGGACCUUUCUCCAGAGCUCGCUCGCAAAUAUGAGCCUCUUCCGCUCAACAUUGAGACCUCCAUCAUCCACUCCAUUAUGGAAUCAGACGAGAGAUACAAGCGCCAGCGCGAAAAAGAUGCAGAACACCGUGGCAGGUCCCAGAAGUACAAGCUAAAGGUCGUGAGAGACUGUUUCAUCUGGUUUGGACGUCUCUUCAGAUUCAAUCAUAAGUGGUUUACCCUGGUCUGCUCUGAAAAUGACCCCAAGCGAGUGGUAGAAAACAUGGAGUGGUUGGUCAACCAGAGCAUGAAGGAAGGCGAGCGUCUUUCCUCAGCCGAUGAGAGGAUCCUGGAUGACCUGUUCAACACCUUUGAGCAGCAUGGUCGGCUGGCAGUGCAAUAUGUCUUCUUCCUAGCCAGGCUACGAGUGAAAACCUUUGAUGCUGAUGGUUAUUCUAUGCGAAUGGUCGUCAAUCCCCUGCUUGAGCUCCGAGCACAUCAGCGGCGUCGGCUGUAG